AUGGCUCCUCAAUCGGCGAAGCGGAGUUCCGCCAAAGACGAUGAUUUCGUAUUCACACUCUCCGACGACGAGAACGAAUCUCGAUUCGAAGAAGAAGAUGACGACAACGAUAUGGAAGGUGAAAAUGAGCCAGUAGCAGAUAACAAAAAGCGCAAACGCGAGGUCGAAGUCGUUAAGCCCAAGAACAAGAAGCAAAAGCAGCUGGAAAAGCAGCAAUUGAAAAACGCCAAGAAGAACAAGAAGAAUGCCGAGCCCGCACCCGAGCCCGAGUCGGAAGAGGAGGACGAUGAUGCUGUAACAGAUGCAACGGAAGACGACGGCGUCUUGAAUCCCGAGUUCGAGUUUGAUGUUGGCGGUAUCGCGAACCAUGGUGUCACUGAAGGCUUCGAUGGCUGGGGUAUUGAUGACAACGAGAAGAAGCGCUCCGGCGACAAGAAGGCCGUCGAUAUUGACGAUAUCAUUGAACGAAGGCAGGCCAAGAAAGAUGAGGCUGCUGCUAAGAAGCAGAAGAAGAAAACUGCCGAGAAGGAAGAGAGCGCCAGCGCAUCUGAAGAUGAGGCUGCAUCGGGUGACGAAAUGCCUGUUGAAUUCGAAGACGAUGAGCUCAUGGCUGAUGACGCCUUCGGUAUGGGCGCUGACGGCGAGGAGGAGAGUGAAGCUGAGGGCCCCGAGCCUGGCUCUGGGGAUGAAGAAGAAGAGGACGAUGAGGACAAGGAUGACAAUGAGGAUUCUGAUGACGAUGCUGCAUCUGACAACGAUUCUGUCGCCACACCCGUUGGUCACCCCGACGAUAUGGGCUCAGACCGGGAGUCCGAUGUAGAGAGCGAGGUGGACGAGGAGGAAGCCGAGAAGCGUAAAGCGUUCUUUGCCCCCGAAGAAAAGGUCGACACCAAGGCCAACAUGGCCAAGAUGACUUUCCAAGAAUUCAAUCUUUCCCGGCCCAUCCUUCGUGGUCUCGCCGCUGUUGGAUUCACAGACCCGACUCCUAUCCAGCGCAAGGCGAUCCCCGUUGCUCUGCUGGGCAAAGACAUUGUCGGUAGUGCCGUGACUGGUUCAGGAAAGACCGCCGCCUUCAUUGUCCCUAUUCUCGAGCGUCUUCUCUUCCGUCCCCGGAAGGUCCCCACAAGUCGCGUUGUGGUCCUGAUGCCCACUCAUGUCACAUUCUGUCAAUUGGUUGGUGGUUUCAGUCUUCGCGAGCAGGAGAAUGUACUCAAGAAGCGCCCCGAUGUUAUCAUUGCCACUCCUGGUCGCUUCAUUGAUCAUAUGCGCAACUCGCCCAGUUUCACAGUCGAUACUCUGGAGAUUCUGGUUCUUGAUGAGGCCGAUCGUAUGCUUGAGGACGGUUUCGCCGAUGAGUUGAACGAGAUUCUCACCACGAUUCCCAAAUCUCGCCAAACUAUGCUGUUCUCUGCGACUAUGACAGACUCAAUUGACAAGCUUAUUCGUGUCGGUAUGAACCGUCCAAUGCGCUUGAUGGUUGAUGCCAAGAAGAACACUGUAUCCACUCUUAUUCAAGAGUUCGUGCGUCUCCGCCCCGGACGGGAGGACAAGCGUCUCGGUUACCUUCUGCACCUGUGCAAAGAAGCCUACACAAAGCGCGUUAUUAUCUUCUUCCGACAGAAAAAGGAAGCUCACCGCGUUCGCAUCAUUUUCGGCCUACUGGGGUUGAAGGCAGCAGAGCUACACGGUAGUCUGAGCCAAGAACAGCGUAUCAAAUCCGUCGAAAACUUCCGAGAUGGCAAAGUUGCCUUCCUUCUCGCCACCGACGUUGCGUCUCGUGGUCUGGAUAUCAAGGGUGUCGAGACCGUCAUUAACUACGAGGCUCCCCAGAGUCACGAGAUCUACCUGCAUCGUGUUGGACGUACAGCCCGUGCCGGCCGCUCCGGUCGUGCUUGCACGAUUGCUGCUGAGCCCGACCGCAAGAUCGUCAAGCUUGCUGUCCGCGCAGGUAAAGCCCAAGGCGCCAAGAUCGUCAGUCGUGUGGUCGAGCAAGCCGUUGCAGACAGCUGGGCACAAAAGGCCGAAGACAUGGCUGAUGAGGUCGCUGAGGUCUUGCAAGAGGAGAAGACCGAGAAACAGUUCUCUCAAGCCGAGAUGCAAUUCACCAAGGGCGAGAAUCUUAUGAAGCACGGCAACGAGAUCAUGUCACGGCCGAAGCGGACGUGGUUCGAGACCGAGAAGGACAAGAAGGUUGCUCGCAAGCUGGGCGCCGUUGAGUUGAACGGUCCCAAUACCAAGAAGAGCAACGUCAAACUUAGCAACAAGGACAAGAAGCGUCUUGAUGAUGCACAGAUGAGACACGACGGUAAUAUCGGAUGGAAGAAGGGUAAGGGUGAUGCGGAAUCAGCCAAGAACCCCAAGAAGGGUAAGGUCGCUGAUACUACUUCCACCCACAAAAGAGCCCCGACUUUAUCGUACACCAAGCAGCUUGAGGCGCGUGUUGCGCAGUUGGAGGAUGCUUUAUCGAAGUGCCGUGAGGGGGAAGAGGUACGGAAGACAAGAUCGCCAUCGUCGGCUGAGUCUAGCUCGAGUGGGCCGAAGAUAAAGACCGAUCCUGAUACUGAAGACCUCACCCGGGCGUUUGAUGGUCUCAAUGUGGAAAAUGACGGUCGAGUCUCAUUUCACGGGCCGACCAGUUUGUUCCAGUUGCCUGGUGGGGUUGUGAGUGAAACGGCGUCGACUUCGUAUUAUGCGCAGGAAUUGGAGGGUCGCAAAGAGCGACUCAUCAAUAACGCAUGGCGGGAAAGGGCGUUCGAGCAAAUGGCUGCCAUGCCGGAGCCUUUCCAGUAUCUUCUUGACUCGCACUGGUGCUGGAUUCAGCCGCUGUGGAAUUUCGUCUACCGUCCUUCAUUUACACGUGACAUGAAAAUCAAUGGGGCUUAUUACUCGGACGUCUUGUUAAACGCCAUUCUUUCUCACUCGGUACGCUGGUGCAAAGCGGAACCUCAGGUUGGUCCGCUUCUGGACUCCUAUGACGGCGGUGCACAAUUCUCCCAUCGCGCAUUGACUGGGGUAUUCGACUCGCUCAAAGUUGGUUAUGCAGGCAUCCCUACCAUUCAGACAUUACUCCUUCUUAGUGCCCAGGAAUGCGGCCGUGGAAAUCGGACGCAAGCUUGGCUUUAUAGUGGCAUGGCCUUCCGGUUGCUGGACGACUUGGGCAUAUCCAUCGACAGCCGGAAAUAUUCAGGAUCUGCCCAUCUUAGUGAUGAAGAUAUUGAAAUACGCAAUCGUCUAUUUUGGAGUUGUUAUUUCUGGGAUAAGGUGGUUUCAUUGUACUUCGGCCGGGCGCCGACGAUGCAGCACUCUCGCGUUAGUCCGCCACGCAUGAUUCUUGAUGACACCGCUGAGAUCGAAAUAUGGACACCUCAUGGGGUGAGCUUUACCGACGGUGCUCACUAUCCACCCACACAGGCCCAUUCGACGUCAUGUUUCAUGAAAAUUUGCGGCCUAGCGGAAAUCUUGAACCAGAUUCUGAUCCACAUAUACGACCCAAUCCGCCGAAGUACGGACUCGGAGUUCUUUGACUGCGUUCAGGAACAGGCCAAGAAUCUGGCCGACUGGUGGAAUGAGCUACCGGACUAUUUGAAAUUGGCGGCGGUAGACCUUCCUCCAUAUUCACCACCGAGCCAUAUCGUGAUUUUGAACUGUUUAUAUCAUACUAUCAACAUCCUUCUUCAUCGACCAAUUCUCUGCUCUCGAGAGCUGCUCAAAGCCCGCCCCGAGGCACAAGACUCGAACCAUCUUGUACAGUGCAUGGCAUCGGCAACAUCGAUCCUAUCUCUCUUUGAUCUAUAUCGCCGUACAUUUGGCGAUAGCCACGUCGUCCUCUCUCUCGCAUACAGCAUAUAUACAGCGGCAUCGAUUUUUCUACUUGAGAUCCAAGCCCUGAAGUACGCGGCACCAGGAACACUAGCAAAACUCAAGUUCUGCAUUUUCGCCCUUGAGAGAGUCAAAGCCGCCAACCCCGUUAUCACUACAGCACUCAGUCUCAUAUCUCUGGAGCUCCAAAGACUCCAAAUCAACAUCCAUGGACCUAUGCCAGCUCCCAUUCCUCGGACUGAACAGGAGCACCCCCAACAUCAGCAAUCGCCCCCUCGAUGCCAUCCAAAUAUCCACCGCCCUCAACACAGCCAGUCCCCGUCAAUAGGCAGCAACCAAUCCCGCCACGUCUCUCCAGGCCAGCAUCACCACCAAUCACAAGCAUCGAUAGCAACGCAAGCCCAAACCACCGGCCCUGAAAACCAGCCCAUGAUAGGAACCUACAACACCUUCCAGCAUCCAGGAACAGGGUUUAACGUCCCACACUCGGGCGACAUGCCCCAGCUGCCACCCACUUACUUUCUAGGCGGGAUGUCAAACGCCGUUAUGACGAUGGACGACCCCGGGUCUUACGAAAUUGCACCUGAGGUAUAUGAGGCAUUCUCGUAUGCGCAGCCGAUCACAACGAACAUGACACCCAUGACGCCUGUCUUUGAGCAGGGCUGGGGUGGUCCUCCUCAAUGA